AUGGCAUCCAGACUUUGGGGACUGUUUCGCCCAGUAGCAAGACAUUUGUCGCAGAAAAAUGUUCUUACUGUGGGCCCUAUUGUAAAUUCAGUAAACUGGCUUCAGCGCUACCAAACUACAACAACAGCAGCGAAACAGGAAACAAAACCCACUGUUGCUCCAGAGAAUCCUGUGCUGCGACAGAAGCUAGUUGACUUUGGAGCAUAUGUAGCUGAAUGUUUACCAAAGUAUGUGCAGAAAGUGGAAGUUCUUCAUCACAAUGAAUUAGAGGUAAUGAUUCACCCUGAAGGAGUGAUCCCAGUGUUGACAUUUCUAAAGGACCACACAAAUGCCCAGUUUACCAACAUUGUGGAUAUUGCCGGAGUAGAUAAACCAUCACUGGAGAACAGAUUUGAGAUUGUGUAUAUGUUGUUGUCACUCCAGUUCAACUCUCGAAUCCGUGUCAAAACAUAUACAGAUGAAGUGACUCCGAUCGACUCUGCCUGCUCUGUCUAUAAGGGAGCUAACUGGUAUGAAAGAGAGAUCUGGGACUUGUUUGGUGUAUUCUUUGCUGACCACCCAGACUUAAGACGCAUUUUGACUGAUUAUGGAUUUGAGGGACAUCCGCUGAGAAGGGAUUUCCCACUCUCCGGAUUUGUUGAGGUUCGUUACGAUGACGCUGUCGGUCGAGUGGUUGUCGAACCUCUGGAGCUAACACAGGAGUUCCGCAAAUUUGAAACCGGCACCCCCUGGGAGACAUUUCCUGCGUACAGGGUCACCAGUGGAACAGAAACGCCUACCCCUACCCCUGAGCAGAAAAAGUAG